UUUAGAGUUUCGGUUUCUUACAGGUAUGUUUUUUUUACAGUUGUAUUAAAUAUCAUAUAUAACAUCAGACAACAAAUCUACCCAUUGUAUUCUCACAGUUUUAAAACUUUGAACAUGACAUAUAUAUAAUCAUUCAAUCAAAACCGUUCGAACAACAUCAUACACUUUUAAGUUGGCUUGUGCCAGUUCUCAGAAGUUGUAACACUCAAAUAAAUUUAUAACAUUUUUUGAGAAUGUUUUAUGAUUAUAUAACAUAAUAUAUCGGUUUUAGAAAGUCGUAUAACAAAUAUAAAUAAUUUCGACACCCUGUGUAAACUCUAAACCGUAAUCCGUCGGUAUCUCGUCGGAAUAUUCCGACAAAUAACCGACGGAAUUAACUAUACCGACGAAGAACAGACGGAAAUGGUCGUCGGUAUUUAUAAAAUUACCCGAGUGAAGCUGUACCGCGCAAAAUUUCAGUGAACCGCCAAUAUUAAAAAACCGACGGAUUUCCGACGGGUAUAUUAAAUACCGACGGAAAAAACCCGUCGGUAAUCCGUCAGUUUGUUAAAUGAAUACAUAAGAGAAAAUCUCUUCUUUUUCCUCAUUUCUUCCCCUUUUUUCUCUCUCUCCGCCCAACCUCUCCUCCUCCCUCGCGAUUUCCGGCGAUUCCCUCCUCCUCCCUCGCGAUUUCCGGCUAAAUCCCCCAAAUUCGACCUCCUCUUUCACCCAGUCAUGGAUGAACCACCUCCUCUUAUACUUAGACGUCGUUCUCGCCGGGGUACUUCUUCAGUCACUCAGAGUACUCAGAGUACGUCACCCGCUAGUAGCCCAGUUGCAGCUACCACUCCUCCAGCAGCCCCCACCCCUCUAGCAGCCCGCACCCCCCCCCCCUCUGUAGCUUCCGGCCCUUCUCAAAGUUCAAGAGGAGGAGGAUUGCCUACUACGAUGACUGUUGCGGAGUUAGUUAGGCAACCUGGCCGAGAAUCGCUUCAGCGCCUUGAUCCAAAUUAUCUUAUUGUCCCAAACACCACUUGGUAAGUAUUUGUUUUAAAAGGUUCUUUCAUUUUAUAUUCAUCUUUUACAUUUAAUUGUGUUUGGUUUUAUUUCGUAGGUUUGAUUUGUCUGGCAAUGGUAUCACCAACAGCCUUCUUAGGAUGGAGUACACGAUGCUAAAGCGUGGUUAUCCAACUUUCUAUGACAUGCCUGAAGAAGAUCAAGAACUUUGGUUUCGGCAAUUUGCGGUAUACGUUGUCAAUUUUUAAUAUUAUAAAAAAAAUUUCUACAAUUGUAACUUUCUAAAAAAAAAUUUGUAUUUAUUUUGCAGCAAGAGUUCACUUGGGAAUCAGGGAUUACAGAACAAGUGAAAAUUGUUUUCCGCCGCAAAGCAGCUUCGCACUACACCAAGCGGAUCAAUGAGUGGAAGCAAAAAUUCGAUGUUGGCGAGGUCCCGAAGCACAUCAACCCAGACGUUUGGCGGGAUUUGUGUGCUCAUUGGACGAAAGAUGAGACAAAGUCUUUGUCGACAAUCAACUCGCAAAAUCGGUGUAGCGGGCGUGGCGGGAAAGGGAUGUUUGUCCACAACUUAGGGGCAACAAGUUUACAGACCCGAGCACUUCAGCUAAUGAAGGAAAACGGUGGAGUUCCCGUAGAUGAUUUUACCCUGAUGAAGAACGCCUAUACCAACAAGAAGACUGGGGAGAUUCAGGAUGGACUUAUUAAGGGCGUAAUCCAGGUCGUGGAAAAUCGAAAAGUGGAUCUCCUCGCGACUCAAGCUUCUAUGUGUGAAGAAGGCGAUUCUGCAUCUUCCAACUCCUUAACCGUAGAGCAACUCAACAACCUUGUUCUCGAGGCUGUUCCAAAGAAAAAGGGCCGUUAUGUUGGAUUGGCUCGUUCGACCGGAGGGGCUUCUUCUUCUUCUUCAGCUCACUAUCCACUCGUUGAUGAGCUUAUGGAGCAGAUUAAGACCAAGGAUACGGAGAUUGAGUUCCUGAAGCAGACAAUGCUGAAAUCCGGGUUGAGCUGCAGCAAAACCGAAUGA